AUGUCUCUCCGGGACGAGAUGACUUGCUCUGGGGAGGAAAUGCCAGCAUUCUACGAAACCAUAGGUCCCGACUGGAGCGAAGUUGAAACGCCAGCGUUUCAUGCAGCUCUCAUGAGAAUGAACGGCUCCUUCUGCACGGAACCGCUAGUUCCACCUGCCAUUCAUACUCCAACAAGCCUUCCCGAUAGCUCAUUCCGACCAAGUCCAGCCCUCAGUCACCGUUCCCAAGACUACAACCCCCAAGAGUACCAAUAUAGCAUUGGGCACUCUUUACCACCACAGGGCCUGGGUAUCAGUGCUCCAUUCCCAAACGAUUUCCCUCGAACAUCAGCUCCAUUAUCCAAUAGCUACAAUGUCUAUGCCCCGGAUGAUCUGUAUUUUCCCCUGGGCACAACGCCUAGCAUGUCGCCACAGGGCCCACCUCCCAAACGGAUGAAACGCACAUCAUCCCAGUCUCAAACCCCAGCUCGGGACCCUAUCCACAUUCUUCCCCACCCAGAUGGUCUGGAGCAGAUAGAGCGUGAGCGCCAGAGCCAGCGGCCCCCUAUUAUUCUCCAUCCCCGGCCCCGGGCACCCGGCAGGGGCCGUCGGGACCCACAAGCUGAAGAAGAAGAUGCAUUCGUAGAGGAAUUGCGUAAACAGAACACAAGCUGGAAAGUUAUUCGCGUCCAGUUUCGUGAGAAAUACAACAAAGAUGCUACCGAGGCACGCCUACAAAUGCGCCUGAAACGUCGACGCGGAAAGCCGAUGACCAAUUGGGAAGAGAAUGAUAUACAACAUCUCAUCACCGCGUAUGAUCAGUGGGAAGAGGAAAAGUACCGCUUUAUUGCAGAUAAGAUCAAAGAGCUUGGCGGUUCAAAAGAAUACACCCCUGAUCAAUGCAAGACUCAACUACGGCUCAUAGAUCUUAAACAGCGCCAUCAAUAUAGGGGUGGUGCAUCGCCUUCAGCUAUGUCUGAUCCUCCUCCUUCGCCUACAAUAUUGAAACCGACAUCGAUGUCUCGAAAGCGAGCACGAUCAAUGUCAUUGGAGUCAGAGUAA